AUGGAACCAGGAAACUUGCCAGAUUUGACCGAGGAACAAUCAUCUUCGAUUGACGAAUCUACUCGUCGCGAUGAUUUUUGGUCUCAUUCUCUUUCAGUUGAGAAUAUGCACUAUUUGAAUCGUAUACUGUGUUUAGAUCAGGAGGGCAUUGAGGGACAAAGCCUCGAGUCUGAGUGGGAGGCUUCGGGGGAAGGAUGCAGGCGGUUUUCGUGGGGCCAAGUAAACUGUUACUGCUCUAACUGUCAACCUGAUGCAGUACCGCCGCUUGCUGGAUGGGUCCGUAUCGAGCGCAUUGACGGCGUGGGCGCUGCCCAGCGUGCUUUCUGGCACGUGGUGCGCUCGACCCUGGGCAUGGCGCAGAUGGCGAGUGCGGAGCGUGGGACCGUACGGCGGCCCCUUUCGCUUACCGGAGCCCCAUGCACCUCUCCUGCGCUUGCUGAUAUAUGGCUGGACGAGGAAGGAAAGCCGCACCAUACUGUAUUGGCUAUUGAAAUUGAUGUUGAGGGUUCUGAAGCUGAACACGACCGUCUGCUGGCAUUCCUGAUUUACCUUAAACCGAACAUCAUAUUUGCCGAUGAAGACCACCCACCGAGUCUUGACGAAUAA